AUGGCUUCAUUGAUCAAGAAGGAUGUUCCUCACAUAUGUGACACAGUUAAUAAUAUGGACUUGUACCGCGUAUUAAGGGAUCAGGUGAAUGGUUUAGGAUAUUCCCUAGAUGCACGACUGAUGCCCUACUUGGAGCUAGCAGGAUUCGGGUCAGCAGCAUUGACCCGGACGCUCGAUUUGCGGUAUGAUUUAAUAUCCGCAUUGGUCGAGCGUUGGCAAGCGGAGACCCACACUUUUCAUUUACCGUGUGGGGAGUGCACUGUCACUCUGGAGGAUGUUGCAUUGGACUUUGGGCUCCCAAUAGAUAGGGAUGCCGUCACGGGCGUAAGUACGAUAGCUGAGCCGACUGCACUUUGUUAUAACCUGCUAGGAGCCUCGCCUGACGAUACUGAUUUUACUUUUUUGGAGUUGAAAUUUACAUGGCUAAAAGCUAAUUUUCAACAUUUAUUAGUUAAUGCCACUAAAGAAGAGUUGAUGUGCCCAGCUCGAGCUUGGGGUUCCGUAGUUCUGGCUAUGUUAUAUCAUGAGCUUUGUCGGACGAUAAAGCCUGAUGCCGUAGACAUGGGCGGAUGUCUUAUAUUGUUGCAAUCAUGGGCUCUUUAUCGGAUGCCAUUCUUGGCAUCAAUAUCAUAUCGUAGACCAGAAAUUGCGGCUGUUAUACGCUCGUCUGCCUACGUUGAUUCUCAAUUGUGGUGCACUAACGCACCAAUUAUCAGUUUCAAUGUAGUUGAGUGGUACCGCGGGGAUCGAGUACUACGACAGUUUGGUUGCAUCCAGUAUAUCCCGGAUCCGCCAAUGCAGGUGGGGGAGGUUCACGGCAUCAACAAGAGAGGGAAACAUGGAUAG